GAAGUAUUGGACCCCAGAUUAUCCAUGGAAACUCCUUUGACUUCGUCUUUGGGGCCCAUACUCGUUUCGCUCGUGCUUUCUGGCGUCCUGUAUGGGUAUGCGCUGGUGCAGACUUACGUAUACUUUGCGUUAUUUCCGAAAGAUAGCUGGAAAUUGAAGACUCUGGUAUGUUACUCAUGCACUUGAUUCAACAGCUCCUCGUGUGUCACCAAUAUUCUAUUGGUUCAAGGUCGCAUUUGAGAUGUAUCUCCAAUCCGCACACUUAGCAUUCCUCUUCAUGUUCGUGUGGCAGCUGGUAAUGGCCGAAGAUGAUCUCCUCGGGCCUACACUCACUACUGUGAUAACUGUCAUGUUAAGCGGACCCAUCGCAUUUUGCACACAGGCCUUCUUUGUUUUCAGGCUAUACAUUUUCUCACACAAGAAAGCCCUUCCCGUCUUCUGUUCAUUCAUGGUCAUAGCUCAAUUGGCCAUCACUCUAGUAUUUGGCUUUUUCAUGGGAAUUACAGAGCCCGCCUUCAUAAUAGCCACGGACUUGACCUUCACAGAAAAGUUCAUCACACCCACGCUAUUCAUCACAAUAUGUGUUGACACGACAAUCGCGGUGUCGAUGAGCUACUACUUAAAGGCGAGUGAAUCGGGCUUACGUCGAACCUCACGUGUGGUAGAUCGGAUGGUUUUCUACAUCAUGGCAACGGGCACGAUAACCAGCAUAUUUGCACUCGCUUCUGGUGUCGCCGUAUGUUGAAUCUAACAGCACCCUGUAAUCCAAACUGCUGAGGCCACUCACCAGUACUUGAUCAACCCUUCUCUGUGGGUUUGGCUGGGACUCUUCAUGAUCGAGUCAGG